AUGAAUUGGCUUAUGAUGAAUUCAUUUCAAAAUGUUGUGCAAAAAAAUGGAAAUCCUUUAUGGGAGCAAUUAAAAAAAGAAUUAACGGCUUUUGAUCGUUUAGAUAUUGUGUAUAAAAUUAAAACAAAAUUUGAAGAUACCUUAUCAAGUCAAGGAAAAGUUAGCACUAUUGAAUGUCGAAUUCCUCAUGGUUGUGUUUUUAAGUUUGAUUUACUUGAAGAUGAAAUUUGUAGCGAAGUCGAAUUCCAAUUAAACAGUGUUGUUAAUAAUUGGACAGCUAUUAAUAAUAAGAAACAAGCAUUUCAAUAUUAUUUAACAAAAAAAAAGAAUGCGACAUUGUUUGUGAAAGUAGAAAAGUUAUUAUUUGAAAAUGAAACACUUAAUUUUAAGUUUUCAUUUCAAGGUUUAAAAAAAACAUUCUUUCAACAUUUUUGUUCAGUUAAUAUUAUAGGUAAUUGCAACUAUGAGUUAAUCUAUAAUGGGUUGUGUGUUGCAACACCUGAACCAAUUUCCAACAACGGGUUUAGACAAAAUGUAAGAACAACAAAUUCUUUGGAUUGGAGAGAGACAAACAAUAUUUGUUUAGAUAAAACACCUAAUAAUAAAUCAAUAGAGUUAAUUGGAUUAGAUUAUUUUAAUAGAAAUUUUUCUGAUUGUAAUGAUGUUAUUUAUGUCACUUCUUCUAUUGCUGACAAUGAUAAUUUAGUUGCUUCCAAGUUUAUUGAAAUAUUUACUGUCAAUUGUACAGGUAUACGUGCUGUACUACCUGGUUACCGUUUACGUUAUCAUGCAUCUCUUUUAAAGUGCAAUGUUGAAAAGUUUACUAAUUAUAAUGAUGAAAAUAGACUAACAAUUUUUGUGUCUGAACUCAACCUUGUUAUAAUUGCUCGUGUUGCUACUUCAAUAUAUUGCCUCAAGCUAGAAUCUGAACAGUGUUUAAAUGAUGUCAUAUUAUUUGUUAAUGUUAACAAUCCUCUAAUUGAUACUAAUAAACUAAUUAUUUUGGGAGUUGUAGUUUUACCGUUACAUGAUCGUAAACAUUUAAAAGAAGAGUUAUUUUAUUACUUCUCAGAGGAUUUUGAUUUAGAUAAAAUUUUGUUUCUAUGUAAAGAUGACAUUGAAGAUGAGAAUUUUGAAACUUGGUGGAGAUUAGUUGUAGCUUACUGCAUUAAAAAAGUAAAUCCAAAAAAUAAUAGUGAAGUACUAUUUAAAAAACUCAUCAGUUUAACUAUGAUGUCAAUGUCUAUAGUUGACCAUUGCUAUCCCACAUUAGAAUCAGAUACUCAAAAACAGAUACAAUCAUUGGUUCUUAAUGUUGAACAAAGAAAUGCAAUCAAUGACAAAGCUUUGAAAAAAAUCAUCACUGGAGGAUAUGGUUCAGGUAAAUCUAUAGUAGGAAAAGAGAUUGUUAAAAAUUGUAUUUCUCAUAAGUCACAAAAUCCUUUGACCCUAUUUUAUAUAUGUUGUAACCAUUUUUCAUUGUAUGAAUGCCAUAUGAAAGAGUUUGUUGACAGUAUAGAGAAAUCUUCAAAUGUUAAGGUUGUCUGUGAUAAUUUGUAUGAGUUGUGGAAAAAAAUGUGCAAAAACAAAAGCACUUCAAGCAAUUACAUUUCAAUACCAAAAUUGCUAGAGUAUUUAGCGAGCACCAACGGUAACAAAGUAUGUUUUGUACUUGAAGAACUUUCUGAAGAGUAUGUUAAAGAAGAAGAUGCAGCUCAACUUAAACAUUUGUUUGAAUCUAUAUUAAAAGAUUCUUUAGUCGUUUUUAUUCCUGAGAGUAUUACAAAGAAUCGAGAAUUGAUAGCAAAUAAACAAAAGCGUACAAUACAAAGAAAUUACUUUCAAGAAGAAAUAAUAGGAAUGAAGGUCAUAUCUCUAAAUAAAUCAAUGAGAGUUACGGAAUGCAAUAAACUAUUAAUAGAUAUUACUCAAAAAACUAUUUGUGAAACAAAAAGUGUUUUAAACAUUCCAAACACUAACUUUAAAAUAUUGGAAGAAGGUAAAGAAAAUAAUUUGUUUAGAGUUAAAGAUAAGCAAAUUGAGGAAGAGAAAGAUUUUCAAUGUUUGCAUAUGUUGACAUAUGAUUCUAGAAAUAAUUCUAAAAAUGUAACACCUAAUUUUAUAGAAAACUAUGUAAAAGAUGAGGAAAAAAUAGAUGACACGCCAUAUUAUGACUUAAUUGACACCAUUAAGGUAAAUAAAGAUAUUAAUUAUGCAUCUGUCAUAGUUAAAAAAGAUAACAGUUUUGCAUCAAAUAUUACUAAUGAUGAAACUGUUAAUAAAUUUAAAGACUCAACAGAUUCAAAAAUUACUAACAAAACUGUUGAAAUUACUAACAAAACUGUUACUAGCAAAACUGUUAAAAACUUUACAGACUAUAAAUCAGAUCAGUCUCCAGAGAAAUUAGAAAACAAGAUUAUUGAUACAAUUGUUAAAGAUUUUCAUGACAAUGAUUUAGAUUACAUGGCAAAGCUAAUAACAAAAAGUAUUAGUAAUAUUGAUCCAAAAUGUCAUAUGGAGACUGAAUAUGUUUUCAAAUCUGGUAAAAUAGGCCACUCAAUUAAAGGAGAAAAACCCAAGGUUGUGUAUUUACCUUUUCAUGAUAUAACAGACAAGCAAUCUGUUAAAUUGUUAUCCAUUGUAUUAGAAAAAAUUUGUUUUAGUGUAUUAAGAAAAACUGUGGUUAUAUGCAACAAUAUCGAAGAAGUGCAAUCUGUUGCAUAUGCAAUAGAUACAAUUAAAAAUUUUAAAGCAGUAACAUAUUCACCACAUAUGCAGAAAUACUCUCCAACAUUAGAGGCAAAAUUUAAAAUUCAUAAUAAUUUAAGAAGUGAACUGGACAUUCUUGUAACUGACUGCAAAGGGUUUUCAGGAGCGGAAUCUGAAUCUGUAAUUGUGUUUGUAAGUCCAGAAGAGAUUUUUCUUCGUCAUGUUCUUGUGGAUGCUAUUUCUAGAUCAAACUCAUAUUUAACUGUGUUUGUUAAGAGUUACAGUUGUAUCAAAGAGCUUUUAAAUAGCGACAAAACUAUUGGAAAUGUAUUAAAAUUUUGGUCAGAAGAGGUAGUUGAAAAAAUUACUGUUGUAACAUCUAAUAAAGAAAAUCAUAAAUCAAAAGAUGGUUUCUUCAUAGUAGAUGAGAAUUGCAAGGUGUUUAUUGAUCGUGGAUCUACUAUUGAUUUUGAAAAAUACAAGAGAAGUUUACAGUUUGAAGUCUUUCAUAAAAAUAACUUCAUAUACAAAACUAUGGCUUCUAAUCUGUCUUAUCAAAAUGAUUUGGCAAGGUUGUCUGCUGAAUUUAAAAAUUUUUAUCUUAAGUAUUAUGGAAAAAUUGGUGAACUACAACCGCUAUUACAAGAAAUUGGUGAACUACAACCGCUAUUACAAGAAAUUGGUGAACUACAACCGCUAUUACAAGAAAUUGGUGAACUACAACCGCUAUUACAAGAAAUUGGUAAACUACAACCGCUAUUACAAGAAAUUGGUGAACUACAACCGCUAUUACAAGAAAUUGUUGAACUACAACCGCUAUUACAAGAAAUUGGUGAACUACAACCGCUAUUACAAGAAAUUGGUGAACUACAACCGCUAUUACAAGAAUCUGCAAAAUUAAAUCAAAAGAGAAAUCUGAUAAAUAAGACUUUUGAUUUUAGUGUUGAACAAAAUUUAUUUUUUGAAAACCAAAUGAGUUAUACACCAAUUAAAUAUAGUGAAAUAUUUUCAAAUGAAAAAUCAGUAAUAUUAAUAUCUGGAAUAGCUGGUAUUGGGAAAACAUGGUUGCUUAAAAAAUGUUUGCUUGAUUGGUCAAAUGGUUUAAUUUGGAAAAAUAUUGAAUUUGUUUUUUAUUUGGAAUGCAGAAGACUCAAUCAAUAUCCAAAUAUUUCGAAUAUUAAUGAAUUACUAAAUGUUUUCUUCAAAGAGCUUGUAAAUGACUUUAAAUUUAAUAGUCAUACUACAAUGUUUAUAAUCGAUGGAUUAGAUGAGUAUAAAUAUUUUAAUGAGUUAUUAAAUCCAAGUUUGACUAACACUCCCAUUGUUAAAGUUUUACAAGAAAUUCAAAAAUACAAACAUGUACUUGCUGGUAGAGUUUAUGCAAUAGAUCAAUACCAAAGUAUAUCUACAGAACAUAGCCUUAAGUUAACCAUUCAAAUAAUGGGGUUUAAUGAAAAUAAAAUAAAUAAUUAUAUAGAAAAUUAUGUUGUGGAAGAAAAAAAAGAAGUUGUAAAAUCAACUUUAAAGGAGUCUCAAAUUGCAAAAGUCAUGGCAUCUGUUCCGUUUUAUUUAUCUUUAAUGUGUAAAACUAUAAGUGAUUCACAAAAUAUUGAUUCAAAUUCUUUCUUAACAUUGACAGAUUUGUAUGCAAAUAUUUUUUUAUAUUUUUUGCAAGAACACAUCAUUAAAAACAAUAAAUUGAUUUAUGAGAUAAUGGAAGAAAGUUCCAAUAAAAAUUAUAUUUUAAAUAUUUGUAAAAUUGCAUAUAAAUUGUUUGUUGAAAAUAAAAUAUUUUUUUCUGAAGAUGAAGUUCAAAGUUUUUAUAGUGACGUUGAUAAAAAUGAAAGCAAUUAUUUUGGAUUUAUAGAAAGGAUUGAAACAGAUCACGAUUGUUAUUAUCAGUUCGUAAAUUCAACAAUAAUGAUGUUUUGUGCAUCAGUAUAUGCAUAUAAUUGUUUAAGUUGUGAUGAGAUUCUGACCAAUAAGAAACUGAAGAGUUGCUUAUCAAUGAUUUGUGGAUUAGCCAAUAAAAACCAAAAUAAUUUAAUAAAGUUUCUUGUUAACCUGAAUCCUUCAAAAAACUCCAGUGAAAAAGCUUCACUUUUGUACUCCAUUUUGGAUCGUCUAAGUAAAAGUGAUUACUAUAAAGAUUACCACUAUUUAUUCAUUGAAUGUUUUUAUGAAAGUCAAUCAUCAUUUAAUGAUGAAAUAAAAUCAAUUGUUGAUGAACGAGGAAAGUGGUGGAUUUUGAUUGUCGAUGGAAAAACUUCUUACUUUACUUCUUGCGAAAAUUAUUUCAUAAAUCAUUACGUAAAAUCUGGAAGAAAGUUAUCGAGCUUAUAUGUUAAUAAAAUUAUUUUAAGUGAUGAAGAAAAAAAACUUUUAAUACAAUGUUCAACUAAUGUUCGCGAGGUCAGCUUUUAUCAUCUUUUAUCGCAAUGUCAUUUUUUAUCAUCUUUUAUCAGCUUUUGGCGUCCAAUUAAUUUCGAUGGAUGGAAACCAAAAGAUAAGAUUGAAGUGUUGGAGAUAGACAUCUCAAAUUAUUUAAUAACAAAAAAUGAUUUUGAAGAAAAUUUUCUUCCGUGGAUUAAUCUUUGUGAAAAAUUAACUCUUGAACUUCACAAAGCCAUUGAUUUUAUUAAAGAAAUUUGUGAAUGGAUUCGUUGUUCGAAUGUCAAAGAGUGUUGGAUCAAGUACCGUGAAAAUUAUUUUCGUAACCUCGAUGAAUUAAAAAACUUUACAACAUGAUAAAAUAUUUAAUACCUUAAAUAUAUUAAUUUAAAACAAUAACUAUAAAUAACUAAUGAAAUAUUUA